AUGUUUCUAGUGUGACGUAUAUUCUAGUGGACGGAACGCUUCUUCAACAACUGCAGCCACCUCGAUAGCUCGCUAGCCAACAAAGUCGGAACAUUCAAGUUCUUUAGACAAUUUCGUGGUUUAUUUGCCACUAUGAUUUAAACAUACUUAUGUAGAAACAACUAGCUACCCCAUUUGAAUUGCAUAUAUACGUUGUAAGUCAACUAGCUGGCUGGUUAAGUUAGCACUAGUCUAGUCGCUAAUGCUAACUAGCUUUUAUCUCCGACCAUGAGCUCACUAAGCUACUCUCCUGAUAAAGAAGAGGUCUGCUGGACGGAGAAAGAAGCUCUCGUCAAAGAGGAGGAAGAAGAAGAGGCUGUUACAAUACAAAAACAAGUAGAGGGUGAGGCUGUUACCGUGAAAGAAGAAGAGAAAGACGUUUCAGUGAAAGAAGAGGAAGACGCGUUCAGAGUGAAAGAGGAGGAUUUUACAGUAAAAGAAGAGGAGGAUGCAGUUUUUGGAGUGGAGGAGGUUACUGUCACAGUGAAAGAAGAUGAAGAAGUUUUUUUAAUGAAGGAUGAAGAGGGGGAGAUUACUGUCACAUUAGAGGAGGACGAAGAAGAGAAGACUGGAGAUCUGAUUAACACCAGUAAAUACAGAGAGAGACCAGACUCUCCCCCUGACAGACGGAAGAGUCCUUCAGGGGAAACAGACCCAGAGACUCCCAAAGCAGUGAGACGACAUCACUGCUCCCUGUGUGGAAGGAGUUUUACCAAGUUAGGGAACCUAAAAGAGCAUGAGAGAAAACACACAGGAGAAAAGCCUUUCCAAUGCUCCCAGUGUGGAAAGAGAUUUUCACGAACUCAUGAACUAAUAUUACAUGAAAGGACACACACAGGGGAAAAACCACACAGUUGCUCCCAGUGUGGAAAGAGUUUUACGCAGUUAGGGAACUUAAAAAAACACAAGAGAGUACACUCUGGAGAAAAGCCUUACCCCUGUUCCCAUUGUGGAAAAUAUUUUAGGUUGUCAGAACACUUAAAAUCACAUGAGAGGACACACACAGGGGAAAAAACACACAAUUGCGUCCAGUGUGGAAAGAGUUUUUCCCAUCUAGGGAACCUAAAAAAACAUAAGAGAAUACACACUGGAGAGAAGCCUUACCCCUGUUCCCAUUGUGGAAAGAAUUUUAGGUUAUUACAAAACUUAAAAUCACACGAGAGGACACACACAGGGGAAAAACCACACAAUUGCGUCCAGUGUGGAAAGAGUUUUUCCCAUUUAGGGAACCUGAACAAACAUAAGAAAAUACACUCUGGAGAGAAACCUUACCCCUGUUCUCAUUGCGGAAAGAAUUUUACAUUGUCAGAAAGCUUAAAAUCACAUGAGAGGACACACACAGGGGAAAAACCACACAAUUGCUCCCAGUGUGGAAAGAGUUUUUCCCACUCAGCAACCCUGAAUCAACAUAAGAGAAUACAUUCUCGAGAUAAGCCUUACCACUGUUCCCAAUGUGGAAAGAAUUUUGCAUUGUCAGAUAACCUGAAAGAGCAUGAGAGGACACACACAGGAGAGAAGCCUUACCAAUGCUCCCAGUGUGGAAAGAGAUUUUCAAGCUCACCGGACCUAAAGAAGCAUGAAAGGACACACACAGGAGAAAAUCCUUACCACUGCUCCCAGUGUGGAAAGAGUUUUACUGACUUAGAUAGCCUGAACGUACAUAAGCUAAUACACUCUAAAGCGAAACCGUACCAUUGUUCCCAGUGUGGAAAGAGUUUUACUAAGCUAGGGAACCUGAAAAGGCAUGUGGACAAACACACACAGGGGAGGAUAACCUCACAGUUUGGAAAGAGUUUUAGUUAGGGAACCCAAUUGUGGAAAGACAUUUUCCCAGACAGAGGACCUGAAAUCACAUGACAGAAUAGACAGGCUGUGUUCUGACUGAUGUUUGACCGUUGUUUUAUGUCACAUUAAAUCAUAUUGUUUAUAUUAAAUUUAACUCAAAUAUAGGCCUCUACUUUUGUUUUAGUUUUUUCCUCUGGAGACAUGAUUAUGUCUAAAAUAAGAUUACAAUUUUAAAAUGUGUUUAAUUGAAUACAAGUAUGAACCCUUAUUAUUCCACAAUGUGCCGAUUGUAAAAAUUAUUUCAUUAAUGCAACGUCAUCUGAAUAAACUGUAUAGAAUGAGGUUAGCCGCUAGUGGACAUUCAUUAUCU